AUCGCGCAUAUCGUUCGAGUAGGUAUGCUUUGGCGGUGGUGCAACAGUUUCCGAUUAGACGCCCGUCGGCAUUACUAACGGUGUGUGCUUAAUUCGGCGGCAAACCCCUAAGAGACACGCGCGUUUCAGCAUUAAAUUCGUCAUAAAAUAAUUAUAGCUGCACAACAACAGUUCACCGGCAAGCACCACCGAGCCACGAACAAAGUAUAGAAACAAACGAAAAAUAAAUGCGAAACAUCUUAAUAUAAUAAUAAUCGGAUAACAAUUGAUAUGCUCCUCGCCGAAGCACUGCUGACGAAGAAUCAAAAUAUCAAACCACUCAAUUUACAGUACAAAUCGGAAUAGUACACACUACACAUAAUGAUCAAAAGUGAUAUGCAAACCAUUUAACGGGUGCUACUCGAUAGGUUUGUACAGGCUAACAAAGACGGAUGGCGGCCAAAGACCGAGGAGGCGACAAGAAGAAAAAGAACGAACCGCCACCGAAACCUAUACCCGAACAGGACCGACAUAUAUGCGGGCUGAUCUGCGUGUGCCAACUAACGUUCGUGUUGAGCUCCGUUUCACUGGUGUAUUUGUCGGUGGCUAUCUACAUGCCGGGUUAUAGAGCGUUCAACGCAGCCAUAGAGACGGUACCGAUCAUGUGCCAGACGAUCAACUCGACCGUAUCUAAUAACUGCGAAUGGGCGUCGUGCGGCGAAUGGUGUCUGACCAAAGCGUCUGGCAGUUGUCCGCAGUUUAUGGUCACCGUGCGCCAGAACGGCACUGACAUUGGCGUGGAAAACUGCACGCGACUGACCAGCGUUUCUUGUCCACAGGCCAAUCCAGAUACACUGAAACGGUACAAUUGCAACAAUAACAAGGAAUGUCUGGGCUUGACCGGCAUCAUGUCCUGCAGGCUGGGACACUGUUCUAAUAUGUCGGAACUGUACCAGUGCUAUUAUACGGUCAACGGGUCCACGAUCGACAGCGACCGAGACAACCUUAACCUCAACGGGUACUUCCACUGCGACAACGGCAGUUGUAGCGCAAUCACGUGGCCGUUCGCUUGCGACCGGUAUUGCAACAAAAUCACCACGACUGGCGUGAACGUAUUCCUAAGACUGGGCGACACCGUGCACACUGGCGACUGUCAGCGAGUAGUCGCCUACAACAAGGCCAAAGGCAAUGCGAUCCACGGUGAAUCGCUGUCCGAACCCAUGGAGAUAUGGACUGACGAGAAUUCCACUAUUGGCAUAUUCAUGGCUAGCUGCAACGGAAUCUUCCGAGACAGCAGUAACUCCUUGAGGGCGGCCGACUGUAUAAACGGAACAGUGCUAGACGAGUCGUUAAUGCCGCAGCCGUUUAUUAACUUCACUACGUUUUGGACGAUUUACGAAAACAGCGAUAGAGCUCUGGAUGAGACAAACACGUAUGUGCCCGUACAGUCUUCGUUGACGGUGUACAACUCUAGUAAGUUGUACAUUAAUCAACAAGGGUGCGUGAACACGUUACGAAAUGAGUGCAAAGACUUCAGCAACACUCACGGUCGCGCCGGCGAAAACCACACGGCCCAGAGCCGAUUUCCGUGUUUUUAUACCAAAAACGAUUCGUCUUCUGCGUUGGCUCGAUUCGAUUUAAACAAAACGUGGUGGGAACUGAUGGUCGGCGUCACCGUGCCCGGUGUGCUGUUCGCAGUCUCCUUCCUGACGUUGCUGAUCGUCCAUCAGACGGUCAAAGUGGGUGACGACGCUAGGAUGACGUGUCAGUGGUGUGCGGACGGAGACGACGGCAACCUUAACGAACCGUUUGUUACCAAACCGUCGUCAAAAGAACGCAAAUCGAAAAAACGAGACGGAGAUAUGCAAGAAUUAAGCGUCAUCGAAACACUCGUGGCCCAAACGGCUGACAUAGCCGACAUGGCUGUCGGCCGUCCACCUUUGUCACCCGACCGCCAGCGUCUAGACGUUUAGCGACGUCACUCCACGACGUCAUAUAUAUCAUAUAAUAACGGACACCGCUGUCGCCGCCUUAAAAACAGAAUUUAUAUUUUAUUAAUUGAAUUGUUAACACAUUUUUUUUUUUUAAUUUUACUGACAAAUUUUAAAAUCAAGCUUCUGCUAAAAAAAUGCGUUUAUAUAUACUCCGUGCUAUUUUCACCGAAACUAUGUUAUUUUUUAUCAAUCAUCUUAAAGUGCGUCGAUCUAACUCAAUCGAAUUUGCAUAUUAAACUCGAUUGACACUGUUAAUUUUUUUUAUUAAUAUACUUAUGGCCGUUCUCACCAGUUAACUUAACAUUUAAGCUUAGCCUAAAUGUUUUAUUA